AUGAAAAAGACGUUCCCAACCAGCGCGAUACACGGAAUGACCGCUGAGCGGCAGCACGUCCGCUUUUCUGCGGAUGCUUCAGACCUGAAGCGGAAGUUGCAUACCGUCCCGAGGAAUAGAAGAAGAAUUGCCCGGGAGUUUGGUCGACAUUUGUCUUUGUUUUGCUCCAUCGAGGAUCGCCACCUGACGGUCCCCAAGUGUGCCGCACCCAUGGAGUCCACAGAGAGCCGAUUCGCUCACUUGUUGCAACCCAUCCGGGAACUCACCAAGAACUGGGACGUGGACUUGGCGGCCGAGCUCAACGACUACCUGGAGGAGCUGGACGAGAUGCGCCUGACGUUCGACGAAGGAAACAUCAAACUGAACUUUGCUGAGGCGGCGUUGCUCAUCCAAGGUUCUGCCUGCAUCUACAGCAAGAAGGUGGAGAUGCUGCACAACCUGGUCUACAAUACGCUGGACUACAUCCGAGACCGCAACAAGAAACAAAGCAAACAAGCGGCCACGGGCAAAGACGCAGGCGGAGCGGAGGCGCACCUGGACGAUGAUGGCGACGACGACGAUUCGUUUUGCGACGUGGACAUCGAAAUUUCCGAGUGUGUGGACCAGCCUGAAUCCAAUGUGCUGGUGGAUGUGGUCCCCCUCCCUCCAGUCUCUCUGAUUCCACCUGAAAGUCGAGACAAGAACAAGUUUCUUCUCAUCAGCGCCAAAUGUGACGUGGUGUGCAGCCAAAAGGAGUUUCGCAUGAAUAUUUUCCUGCCGGGACCUCAAGACUUGAUCCUGCUCACGCCAGCCUCCGCCGCUGGCACGCGUCUCUGCCACACAAAUGAUGUUGCCGUGGCGACUGGCGACGACGACGUCACUGCGGGCUGCCCGGUGGAGAGUUUCCUUCCUGUGGAGAGCGCCAUGGAAGUGGAACAGGAAGUGGAUGAGCACAUUUUGAGGCAGCAGCAGCAGGCUCCAAGCCGAGGCCCGCAGAGUCAUCAACUGCGGCGGACGGUCCCGGGGGACGAGGCGCUCCCCGCCCGGGACGCGUGGGCGCUUCGCGACGCGUACGCCGCAGCGGAGGACGACGACAAACCUUUCAAGUCAGGAAAGCCCUACAAGGUUCCCGGCGGUCCGGACGGCAACGGCAAGAGGAAGCGGGCCGACGGGAGCCCCCGGCUGGAGGACUUCAGGAUCUGGUUCAAAAAAACAUACGAUCCCGCUGAAGCGAAACUCCGAAAAGGACCCACCUGCGUCGACCUCAAUUAUAUUUAUAGGAGGAGCCUCAAAGGCAAACUCAGGAACCUGAAGAGAAUGAACGACAACAAUUUGGGAGUUGACAAAAAGGUUUCGGACGAGGACUUGGUGAGGAGCCUUCUGGAGCCGGAUGACGAAGAGGAACAGGAAAGGCCCCGGACGCGGACGGGCGGAUUCGAGGAGCGCCACCUUCUGGAUGCGGACGACGACGACUGGGAGCGGGAAAUACUCGACGCGGGAGAAGGCGACACGUCUCCGGAAGCCGAGCGUUUGAAUUACGAGGAGCUGGUGAAGCUGCACGUGGAGGAGAGGGUGCACAAGUGCCGCACUUACAUGCAGGAGACGGCGUUGUCCCGCCGCGUGCGAGACUGGGUGGACUGCAUCCGCCCAAAUCUUCUCUGGCAGGAGGAGCGCCCGCCGCUCAACAUCGACGACUACAACGACAAGAUCGUGUCGGCGUUGGGCGCGGUGGGCCGGCGCCGUGACUUUGCGUCCGUGGUGCGCGGCGAGGACAACUUUGAAGUCUGCAAGUUGCUGAUGGCGUCUUUACAGCUGGCCAACGACCGCACGGUGGCCAUCGACGGCGCGCCGGGUCUGGAAGAGCGCGUGGACUCGAUGGGCUUGACGCUGCUCAACAGGGUUCGAGCGGCCGACAGGUUUAAAAACCUCCCUGCUCUUCCUUCCCCUGAUGAUGAUGAUGAUGAUUAGAAGUUGAUGACGAAAAUCCAUCAUUCCAAUCCGCACAUAAACGCGCUCAUCCGUUCUGCCUUCCGGUCGCCAAGGUCAUCAUUCGUCGUGCUUAUGAUGUCACGAGGUCCAUUUGUGUACGUUUGUCUGUCCGUCUGCUGUCACACUGGGGCGGGGCAAAAAUCUUUGGACGUUGUUGAUAUACUUUGAUUGAUAAUAAAGAUGAUUUUUAUGCA